UUUUGUUUUAAAACUGUUCUAUAAAUAAAAUAUAUUUUUACACUUAUACAUAUCUGCAGAAUGAAAACAAACAUUAAAAAGUGUGGACAAAUAUAAAAUACUGUUAUCGAUUUAAUAUUGUAUAAAAAAACCCACUUUUCGAAUGUCAAAGAGGUUAAUACAAAAAAAUAUGUCAUUUACAGUAUGGUUAUAGUGAUGUGGUUUGCACAGAAAUUUGCAAGAAAAGGGUACCCAAAAUCCCGACAUCAAUAUAGCGCUACAAUUAAAAAGUUAGAGUUGGAUCGUGGUCCUUUUCAACCGUCAAUAAAGAUACUUAUUAUUCGUGGCAUUGUUAUAAUAUCAUACCUACUGCUCGGAGCAUUAGUUUUUCAAGCGCUUGAAAAGAAUGACAACCAAACAAGAUACUGGAACGAUUUAGUGAUAGCAAGUAAAGACAAUCUUGUAAAAAAUCAUAAUAUUUCUCUAAAAACACUGGAGGUACUUGAACAUCAAAUUCAACAAAUGAUUGUAGAGAAAAGAAACUCGCAGCGCGAAUGGGAUUAUUAUCAAUCACUUUAUUUUGCCUCAACAGUCACAACAACAAUCGGUUACGGGCAUAUUACUCCUCAAACACAAGAAGGGAGAGUCUUUUUAAUUUUAUUUGCUCUUAUUGGCAUACCACUAAAUAUCUUAGCAUUGGCAUCAGUUGGCGAACAUAUAACUGUUUCUAUAUAUACUUUUUUACGUUAUUGCAAUAAUAGAUUUACAAAAAAAAAAAAACUUAAAAAUAUAAACAUAAAAGUCAUGCUUGUAUCCAUUGCUCUAAUGGUUUGCAUGUUAUUUCUUGGCGGUUUCUUGUACUGGAGCACCGAAAGUUGGACUUAUAUUGACAGUAUAUAUUAUUGCUUUAUAGCUAUGUCAACAAUAGGUUUUGGGGACCUAGUACCAAACCGUGGAAAAGCACCAGAUUCAAAAGAAGAAAAAGCUAUUUGGUUUUUAAGAGCACUAUAUUUAUCAGUGGGCUUAAGUCUAGUUUCAACAGUGUUUACAGCGCUCUCAAACGCAAUGGAAGAAAUAAACAGCAUUCUUUCAAGUUCGAAAUUUGCAAAUUCGUUAAACCUUAACAUGCUUUGCUGCCACCACCAAGACACAACAUACUUUAGAAGCAGUUUUCAAAGAAGAUUAAGACAAGAAGCGAAAACAUUUGAAAAAAUUAGUCGGUCAACAAAUACUGAUGGCGAGAGCGUUAAUUGGGACGAGCUUCUUGAAAAACGAACCAGAAAAGAAAGUUUUACAAAGCCUUUAAGUCAAAGAAAAAAUUUAAGCAAUGGUUUUCAUGAUAGUAGAAUACUAAACCAGAAUACUGAAGUAAGCAGCAUGCCUAAAAGAAAUGACAUUCUAAUAAACUAUAAGAGCGAAUCUCUUAAAAUACCUCAACAUUCGUUAAAUAGAAAACAACCAAACUAUAGACAUAAAACUUUGUUUCCGAACCAAUCAAACCCUUUCGAUAAUGUUCGGUCAAAAAAUUCUCUAAAGAAUUACAGUAGUUCUCCUAUUUUUAAGUACAGUUCUCAUGGUAUUUUAAUACCUUCGCAAGACAUAAAGGCGCGGAGUAUGGAGUCACGCAGCAACGGCGGAAUGAACUUUUUUAGUUUAAACUCGUCUCCAGAGGAAUACGAUAUCAUGAUAAAUCAAUGUUGAAAAAAAUGAUAUUUAUCAAUAUCUGCAUUUGUCGAUAUUCUAUAUUUGUCAUCAAAAUUCGAUGUCGUUGGUAGUUAUUUUUAGGUAACUUAAGCAAAAUUAAUUUUUGUUUUAUAAGGAAAUCAAGUUAGAUAACUUAAAUGACCAAGAGUAUACAUGAACAAAUACAACAUCGGCUUGUUUAGUUCAUUAUAACAUAUAACAGAUUUAUAAAAGAACCUAGAAAAAGAAGCAAUAAAAAAAGAUUUGAUGAAUAUCAAUAAUUAAGUCGAAAACAACGAAUCGUUACAUUUUGCAACGAUGUUUUUUAACUUUAAAAGUUAUAGUUUAUUUAUUUAUUUUGAGCUAUGCUUUUUGUUCAAAACGUCUUAUAUUUUAAAAGCCAUAUAAAUUACAAUAAAGUAAUAAAGUUUCAAAUAGUAAAACAAAUAAAACUAUCGGAAGGUUGAAUUGAUGUUAGCAUAUAUCUCAAUUAGUACGACGAUAAAACACGUAGAAUCAAAAUUUGCUUUUAAUUGCUAAUACAGAGUUAGCCUUCAUAGCGGGAGCUGAAAUUGAUUUGUUUCUUUAACUUGGGAUUGUAAUUUUUUUUAAAUAUUUUUUAAAUUUUUCUAAAUAUUUGAAAAACUUUUAAAAACUGAAAAAUAAA